CCCCCAUAUCAACCAACAUGACUCACUAAGCCAAGAAAUCACUAAAAACCAACAUCAACUAACCCCUUAACACCUUCCCAUCCCCAUAAAGGGAAGCAAGAAAAUGGCAAGGAAAAGAAAGGCUGGUGAGGAGUUGGAUGAUCAUGAAAAACUUAAUCCUGGAGAAGGAAACUUAGCUUCCUUGAAUGAGAUGGUAAAGGAAGCAGCAGCUGUGGUGGCACUAGGCGGAGUUAAAAGAGCGCGAAAGAGGUUUGUAGGGGUUCGGCAGCGCCCAUCAGGGCGGUGGGUGGCGGAGAUAAAGGACACCAUACAAAAGAUAAGGGUCUGGUUAGGCACGUUUGAUACGGCAGAGGAGGCUGCCAGGGCGUAUGAUGAGGCUGCCUGUUUGCUUCGUGGGGCUAAUACAAGAACGAAUUUCUGGCCCUGUUCGCCUAAUUCUUCUUCCACUCCUGCUCUGCCUUCAAGAAUCACAAAUCUUCUCCUCAGCAAGCUUAAGGCAAGAAACAAUGCGUUAGCUGCUAGUUCUGAUUCCACUUCCAACUCGUCUUCAUCAUUGGCAUCUUUGAUGCCGUCUAUUGCUCAAGAACGGGAAAUGGAGUACACAGAUGAAGUCCCUGAUUUCUCCGAACCAUAUUUUGGAGAUUUUAUUAACGACCCUGAUGAGAAUUUUUCCAUGGAAAACAACAGCCUGAUCGCUGCUAGUGAUUACAAAAGCCUGAGUUUUGAAUCAUCCGUAAUAGAAGCUGAUUCCAACUGUCAAACCAGUGAACAUAAAGUUUCCAGCGAAUUGGAAAUGGAAAAUGAGAUUGAGGAAAACAGUGCUAGCCUGGAAGCUGUGGACCUCCACUUUGUUGAUGAAAUCGGGUCAUCCUCCUCUGCAUAUUCGCCAUUCGAAAUUGCUGAGGAAAUUUCAAAGCCAUUGGUGCAAGAUGAUGAGCCCUUGAUGUUGAGUGAAGCAAUGAAGAGGAUGAACUAUGAGAGGAAGUUUUCAGCUUCUCUGUAUGCCUUCAACGGGAUCAACGAGUGCCUGAAGCUGAAGCUUGGGAACAGAUUCAACAGGUCUGAACAGAUAACUAGGCUUAGGAAUGCUUGUAAAUUGAACCAAGAAGAGAUGAUGAUGAUGGAAAACAACGUUGAUCGAGAAGGGAUGAAAGGCAAUGAGGAUGAUAGUUUAGAGAAGGAAGAUGGAGAAUUGUCGCUUUGGAGCUCGAUUGAUCUUCCAACUAUAUGCUUCGUUAAUUAAUGUCCGAUGAUCAUACUGAUAGAUGGUCUUUUGAUGAUCAUAUUUUCUUAACAUUGUAGGUUCUAAUUCUGAUGAUUGUAAUGGCUUUUCCCAGAAAUCAACAUUCUAACAGUGUACUGUAUUCGCUUAUGAUU